CCCUUGUUCCAAAAAUUUUCUUCAAGUGUACCUAAAGUUCGUCAUUAUUAUUAAAUAGAUGAAAUACUAUAUAUGUGUGCACCCCCAAUUCCUCCUGGGCUUCAAUGUAAAACCUCCUAAAAGUUAAUUUUUUUAAUGUCUAGCCCACCUCACAUUAGCAUAUCGCCAAGCAAAUUUCCAUCAUAUUCUUACCCAACCAAGUUUUUCCAAAAGUCAUUUGACCACAAAAGUUCAUUUUCCAGUAUAUUUAUAAGGAAAAUGCAUUCAGGAUUUGAUUGAUAAACCUGGUGCAAAACCAUUAGGCAUUUUCUUGGUUACGUCACUAAAUUACAUUUUUUUAGUUUAAAAACAAAUUUUUCGCCAGAGGUCUGCUACACAGGAAGCUAUGGCAUAAAUGACAAGAGAAGAGCCAAAAGUGUAUUUUUGGGAUUCGCUCGACGUUAUAUCUAUUUCCAAUGACUUCAUUAAGUUUACUUAUUACUAUAGGAACGAGUUUGUAAAAAUAUAUUUUAUAAGGCUUUGUCACUUCGUAGUUUAGGACAAAUGACUCAGGGGUUGGAUCUAGCAUUAUUUUAUUUUUUUUUUUACGACAAAAAUUUUGUUGCAGUUAAAAAAAAUUAGAAAUAAACUCUCCCUGGGCUUCCUACAGAAAAACAGACUACCUACCCGAGUCUCUGAACAUCUAUUUAAAAAAUAAUAAAUAAAUAAAUAAUAAAUAAUGAUAAUAACCAAUGGAGUUCUCUUUCCUUCCUUGAAAAUCUACCCUUUCAACAAUUGGUUUUUACGAAAGACAAACAAAAAUGUUUUAUAUGAGUAACUGAUAAGGUAAGAAAGAUCCAACGGUGCUAGAUAUUUUUAAGCAUUGUAUUUAUAGAAGAUACGAGGAACACACACUGAGAAUUUGCAGGAAAGCAAGUGGAUGCUAAUAUUAAGGGCGAAUCAAUAAAAGACAAUGUACCGAAAUACGAUUGUAUCAAAUCUACUGACCAUACUGCAGUUUUCAACUAUACUUCAUACCAACCUGGCAUGCAUUGAGUUGAUAAAUCGACAAUGGAAACCCAUGUCUUUAGAGGAACGUACAAAACGCGCAGAUGUUGUAUUAUCUGCUAGAAUUUUAUCCACUACUCCAAUACCUGGACAAAAUAUCUUCUACGCAGCAACUUUUGAAGUGAUGAACGUCUUAAAAGGUUGGGAACUAUUGAAGCUUUUACACAAGCGCAAAAGUCUAUCCAUUGUUAGAUUGGAUACAAAGAUCGUUGUAUCUGCUAAAGGGUUCGCCGAUAGUCGACACUGUUUUUCUAAUGUUGAAGUGGACGAAUCCUAUGUACUGUUUCUUGGUUAUAAAAGAGAAACUACUGAGCUAGUAGCAAGAUAUGAUGACUAUUUUGGCGCUGCUGAACUUCUUUACAAGCGUACAGAAAGAAACAUACUACAAUCUUUAGGCUGGGAAGAAUGGAGCAAUUGGUCGAAAUGUAGCAAAUUUUGUGGCACUGGUACGCAGCAAAGAUCAAGAGAAUGCACUAUGAAAGAACCUUGUCAUGGUCCACGUGAACAGGCCAGAGAGUGUAACACAUUUUAUUGUUCAGACACGAUAAACAUACUACCUUUCAUCUUGGAAUAUCAACACGACGAAAACAUGUUACCAUGGAAACUACCAGGAGAGAAAUUUACAAAUGACAUAGAGCAGCGUUCAGUAUCAAAAGCUCCCACACACCUGUUAUUUACAGACAGUUUUCCAAAAGACUCUGUGUUACAUGUUUCAUUUAAAGGACCUGUGAAGGAGCCCCAAUAUGUUUACAGUGUUUAUAAUGCAAAUGAUCGUCUUAUAUUUGGCGUAAAGCUUUCCCCCUACGAUAUAAAUUUUAUCCAGGGUAAAAGGUUAGACUCGACCGUAAACUUGCCACGGGAGCACUCCUUCCCGCAUCCUUUCACCAGUGAUAUGUGGUACACUUUCGCUAUACAUCUUAGUGGUGACGAAAUUAAAAUUAAAAUCGACUGCGGAGAAGUGUACGCCUCUACUUUAGUUGAAAAUAUUUUUAACAAUAUGGAUAUAUUUGGACAAAUGUAUCUUGGAGGAGGUCCAGGCGUUAAAUCGAAAGAACAAGUCAAGGUCGAAAUUGGUCAGAUAUCCUUAGUUAAAGACCCCAAUAGUCUAAAGAAUCAAUGUGGCAAAAUAUUAUUGGAUACUGAUGAAGAAAAAGAAGAAAUAAAUAAGGACGGGAAAGUGACAGAGAUUUCUGGUGACGGGCCUUUAGCAGGACCUGAUGAUUCAGAGAGUGGCGAUGUUGAAGAAGGUUAUGGGUCUGGAGAAACAGAGGUGAGCUGUGACUGCAUGAACGGUGGUGUAUGUAAGCAAAAUGGCGUCUGCAAAUGUUCUCAAGGUUGGAGUGGUGAUAAAUGUGCAACUCCUAUGUGUUAUAACAAAUGUCUAAAUGGUGGAAACUGUACUAAACCUAACAUAUGCAGUUGCAGAAAAGGCACAAGUGGAAAAUAUUGUCAAUUUACUGAGUGUCAGUUACCAUGUAAAAAUGGCGGCAUGUGCAUUGGACCAAAUAAAUGCAAAUGCAAGCAAGGUUUUCAAGGAACACAAUGUCAGACAAAAAUUUGUCAAAAGAAAUGUGAAAAUGGAGGUACCUGUUUUGACAAUAAAUGUCAAUGUCCGAAAGGUUUUAAAGGAGACAUGUGUCAAGAGAGAGAAAAAUGCAUGGAGUAUACAACAAAGCGAGUUUCCUUCACAAAGCCAGCAGUUUCAGUGAAAUUUGUAUGCAAAGAACGCAAAGAUGAUAUAUGUCAAAAAACAGCACUGGAACAAGUGACUAGACUGGAAGUACAUUACCGACAAGAAUAUGUUUGUAAAACGUAACGAAAGUUUAAAUAAAAGAAAAUAAACCGAAAACAAUUAGACGCCCGAAAACUGCUUCCCACGGUGACAGUGUAGCUACCCUUACAAGAUGUACACCAUGGAGAUUGUACUACUAGACCAAAUUCGAAUUGAUACUACCAAAAUAUGCUUAAAGAGUCAAAAAAGGUUGUAAAUCCUGCAAAUGCAGGCUUAUAUAAACACAAACAUAUACAAAUAAAUAUAUGUAUAGUUUUAUGUUAAUUAUAUUUUGUGACUUAGAAAGUAAAUUUUGUCAUCUCACAAAAACCAACAAAAUUUCGCUCUUAUGGAGAGUAGAAAACACUUGAUGGGAAGAAAACGCUUUUUUUAUUAUUAUAUAUCAUUAUUAUAUUAUAGUUAUUAUUGUUUGUCAUUUCAAAUUGUAUCUCACAAUGACAUACAUAUAUAUAUAUACAUAGUAUUGUAUAGUUAUUUAUUACGAAAUUUUAAAGAUAAAAACACUAGAACGCAAAAAAUUUCAAUUGUUUU